GCCCACGGUAUCGCCACUCGGCUGAAAAAUGUCAACCAUCUCAAAGAGGCGAUCCCGCAACGUUUUAUGAUGUUUUACGAGCACUUUAGUUGAUAUUUCGCUUAUUUAUUGUGCCAUUGCUGCGCCGGGAAGAGGAUGUCACGCUCGGGAGAUGAGAGGAGUCUGCUAAACACGUUUGAGAAAGUAACAUGCAGGCCUCCACCUCACCGAGCGAUCAUAGCAGGUCAGCGUACACCCACUGCACGGAGUGGACAUCGCUGCGUUGCCGAUAACACAAAUCUCUACGUGUUUGGAGGAUACAACCCAGACUACGACGAGUCCGGAGGCUCAGAGAAUGAAGACUACCCACUGUUCAGAGAGCUGUGGAGGUACCACUUUGCGACAGGACGAUGGCAGCAGAUUCAGACAGAGGGGUACAUGCCCACGGAGCUAGCGUCUAUGUCAGCUGUUUUACACGGGAACAAUCUGCUAGUAUUUGGCGGCACUGGCAUCCCUUUUGGUGAGAAUAACAGCAACGACGUUCAUGUUUGUAACGUCAAGUACAAACGCUGGUCACUGCUCAACUGUCGCGGAAAGAAGCCCAACAGAAUAUAUGGACAGGCGAUGGUCAUUAUAAACGGGUUUCUGUACGUGUUUGGUGGCACGACUGGGUACAAUUACAGCACAGAUUUGCACAGACUGGACCUGACCUCUAGAGAAUGGAUCUAUCUUAAACCCAACAAUCCCCCAGACGACUUCCCAGAGGAGCGGUACAGACAUGAAAUAGCACAUGACGGACAGAGGAUUUAUCUUCUGGGAGGAGGCACAUCGUGGACGUCUUACCCACUGGACAAGGUCCAUGCCUAUAAUCUAGAGACCAAUUCUUGGGAGGAGAUUGUAACUAAACCUCACGACAAAAUAGGAUAUCCGGCUCCGAGGAGAUGUCAUAGCUGUGUGCAGAUACAAAAUAACGUAUUUAUAUGUGGAGGCUACAACGGUGAAAUCAUUUUAUCAGAUUUGUGGAGGAUCGACCUUCAGUCUUUCCAGUGGAUCAAACUACCAGCCACGAUGCCUGAGCCCGCUUACUUCCACUGCGCAGCUGUUACCCCGGCGGGCUGUAUGUACAUUCACGGUGGAGUCGUGGACAUCCUGGAGAACAAGAGGACUGGUUCUUUGUUUAAAAUCUGGCUGACAGUUCCCAGUCUUUUGGAGCUGUGUGAGAAGCUGCUCAAAGCCUUUCCCCACCUGACUACAUUACCCACAAUGCAACUGCUGAACCUGGGCCUCACACAGGAACUCAUCGAGCGCUUGAAAUAAAGCCAUGCACAAGGUCGAGCUCCACCACGUUAAUGCUAAAAGGGAUGGACUUCAAUAGGAGUAGGCAUGUUUUACAGAGCACACAUAACACGUCAUCUGAAAGUCCCUCUGCCCUAAAGGAACCCACCGUAAAACCAAAAAUGUUUUAUUUUAUCGUACAAGUUUAUUUACUCAACUGCAGCUAAGAAUAUGAUACGAUUUUAACCAAUCUCCCCACCAACAUCAAGAGAAGCCUUAAAUAGUUCUCACCGUGCCAUAGUAAAAUUUAGCUUUUAAAAUAUUGACUUGUAAGUAUUUUUUUUUUAAUUUUAAUAACUAAUUGUUUACUUAAGAGAGAAAUAGGAAAUACAGGUUUUUGCACAUUAAUUUUAAUCGUCUUUUAGGUGGAAAUGGGUCUGAUAAAUUGAAUUGUACUUGGUGUUUUGAGCAGGCCUGUCGACAGAAAUUUGGGGGGCCCAGGGCAAGAACGCUGGCACGGGCCCCUUUUUGAAAUAAAUUAACAAGAAGAGGGUCCUGGUUGUACGGAUGCCGCAGAGGAACAUUUUUCAUUACUGACUUCCAAAGCAUGCUGAGUGUAUGAAUGUAGGAUUUAAAAAUAUAUUAAACUUGAAAGAUGUUGAGGACGCGUGGUUUCUGUUUUAGUUGUUUUACUGCAAUUUCGAUAAAAUAAUAAUAAAUAUGUUACUUUUAAAUGCCUUGGACAAGUUUCUAAUUUUAAAUCGAAUAAGUUAUUGCUUAAAAAUCCUUCUGCCUUUCUGUGCCCCUGUUGAUGCUGUUAUCAGAAUUUGGGCUAAAAGAGUUCUUGUAUAAAUAAAACUUUCUCAUUCAUUUUUCAUGUUCAUGUGUAACCACGCCUUACACCACUGUGAAUAUGGUGCUCUUAAGAUUAAUUUAAAUAAAGAUUAUGGGAAAUAUUA